GUAGCGCUGCACACACACUGUGAGCACAUUGCAGAGUGUGUGUGUGUGAGAAAGAGAGAGAAAGCGAGCUGUAGUCAGAGUGCGCUGCCGCUGACUGAGUGGAGGGACUGCAUGGACUGAACCGGACCUUUUCUCCCAACUUCUAUGGAUCCCAGAAAGUAGCCAACAGUCUGAGAUAAAACGGAUAUUAACCUAAGGAUGGACAGGAUGGACGAGUGACGAUGGCAUGGAUGUAAAAAUGGGCCAGUGGGCAGGCAUGUGUGCCCCUCUUCUCCACCUGGCCCUGCUCCUGCCACUGCUGCUCUUCCAGCCGCCCUCCUGUCAUUGCCAGGAUGCCCAAGGGACUCCCCAGGAAGUCCCCCUUUUCGGCUUCACACAGGCUGUCUACCAUGCCACCGUCUAUGAAAACUCAGCUGCACGCACCUACACCAACAGUAAAGUUAAAAUGGGCAUCCACAUAGCCCUGCGCUCCUGGGAUAUCCGAUACAGGAUUACCUCAGGGGAUGAUGAAGGCUUUUUCAAAGCAGAGGAAUAUGUUCUGGGGGACUUCUGCUUUCUGCGCAUUAGGACUAAAGGUGGAAACGCGGCCAUCUUGAAUCGGGAGAUACAGGAUAAUUACGUUCUGACAGUGAAGGCUUCAGUGAAAGGUGAGGCCCUCAUGGAGACUUGGACCAAAGUCAGCCUCCAAGUCUUAGAUAUGAACGACCUCCGGCCCUUGUUCUCGCCGACCACUUACUCUGUUACGAUAGCUGAGAGCACCCCUCUUAGGACUAGCAUAGCACAAGUCACUGCCACGGAUGCGGACAUCGGUUCAAACGGGGAGUUUUACUAUUUCUUCAAGGAGAAGAUGGAGCUUUUUGCCGUGCAUCCCACCAGUGGAGUGGUCUCCCUAAGUGGGAAACUCAACGUGGACGAGCAGAGACGCUAUGACUUGGAGAUACAGGCGGUAGACCGCGGGAUGAAGCUGUACGGUAACAACGGGGUCAGCAGCACAGCUAAACUCUUUGUCCACGUGGAGCGUCUGAACGAGCACGCCCCCUCCAUGACCGUGGUCACGCACGUUCCCUCGGGGCUCGAUAAAGAUCCUGUGUAUGCCGUGGUCACGGUGGACGACCAGGACGAAGGGAUUAACGGAGAGAUCGAGUUGGUGGCCAUCGUGGGGGGAGACCCCUCAGAACUGUUUUUCCUGGAGAGAUCGGAGGAAAAAGAGUUUACAAUUAAGGCCUCCAAGGACGUUAACUGGGAGAGUAACCCCCAUGGCGUUAACCUCACCCUCCAGGCUAGAGACAGAGGGACACCGCAAAAGUUAUCUGACAUCAAGUUGGUUUGCAUCACAGUUAAGAAACUGCAGGCAGUGGAAGUUGCAUUUAAGCAGGAGACAUAUGAAAUUAGUUUAAAUGAAAUUUCACCCCCGGGCACAAUUGUCGGAGCUAUUAAAAUCAAUCCAGAGCCGGAUGAUGCAAAAUAUAUCCUUACUCCCUCAGCUGACUCUGCCUUCUUUCAGAUGAACACUAUGACGGGUGUUAUCUCCACUGCCCACUGGUUUACUCAGGGUCCCCAAAAUGCUUUUAAUCUUGAAGUAUUAGAGGUAGACAGUGAUCUUAGGGUUACUGUUGCAGUGACCAUCAAGGAUGCAAAUGACAACACGCCAACAUUUUCCCAGUCCUCUUAUGAGGUUUUUGUCAAUGAGAGUGUUCCAAUAGGGACCAAUGUGCUCACAGUUUACGCAGUGGAUGAGGACAGGGGAGAAAAUGGCUACAUCACCUACAGCAUUUCUAGUCUGCAACCUCUCCCCUUCAAAAUCAACCAGUUUUCAGGCAUUGUUAGUAGCACUCAGGAGCUUGACUUUGAAUCCUCUACUGAAAGCUAUGUAUUUGUCAUCAGGGCUUCAGACUGGGGAUCCCCUUACAGACGAGAGAGUGAGGUCAAUGUAACCAUCCAUCUGGAAAACAUGAACGACAACAAACCCUUAUUUGAGAAAGUGGCAUGCCAAGGGGCGGUCUCCAAGGAUUUCACUGUGGAUGAAGUGAUAACCACAAUGUCUGCCAUUGAUAUAGAUGAGUUGGAGCUGGUAAAGUACAAGAUCCUUUCAGGAAACGAGCGGGGAUACUUUAACCUCAACCCAGAUUCAGGGGUUCUAACUCUGCAACAAUCCCUUGCCACUGCAAGUCCAACAAAUGGGGUUUUUUACCUCAAAAUAACUGCCACAGAUGGAGAGAACUUUUCUGACCCCAUGUUUGUUAACAUAUCCCUUGUACAGGGAAGAUCUACCCCCAAAGCCUUUAACUGCAAGGAGACCAGGGUAGCUCAAAGGUUAGCAGAAAAGUUGCUGAAGAAGUCUAAAGCUAGCACCAAGGCGAAAAUUGAGGAAGGCUUUAUUGACCUGUUCUCUGUGAAUCGACAAACCCCUCAGUUCGAUAAGGCCUUUCCCACUGACAUUGCAGUGCGUGAGGACCUGCAAGUUGGAUCCAGUGUUUUCAAGGUCAAUGCCAAUGAUGGUGACACAGGCUUCAAUGGUCAUAUUCUGUACACCAUUUCAGGCGGAAACACAGACAGUUGCUUCACUAUGGACAUGGAGACUGGUCUUAUUAGUGUCUUUCUGCCUAUGGACAGAGAGAAGAGAGAUCAUUACCUCCUCAACCUCACCAUAUAUGAUCUUGGCCUACCACAAAAGAAUAAUUGGCGUUUACUCACUAUAUACAUAGAAGAUGCUAAUGAUAAUGCACCCCAGUUUUUACAAGAAGGUGGCUAUAGAGCCACAGUCCCUGAAAACACUGCGUUAGGCACCGACGUUAUCCAGGUGGAGGCCACUGACAGAGACGCUGGUCCCAAUGGGGAAAUUGUGUAUUCAGUUCUGACCAGCACUACGCAGUUCAGCAUCAACAGCACCAAUGGCAUCGUGUAUGUGGCAGGCCAGCUCGACAGAGAGUUGUCACCCUCAUUCAACCUGAGAAUCGAGGCCAGAGACAAGGCAGAGAAAGGACAGCAAAAGUUCUCUGUGACCUCACUGCAAAUCACUCUAGAGGACAUUAACGACUGUCCCCCGGCGUUCAUCCCUAGCAUCUACAACGCCAGGGCUCUGGAGGACCUUCCCUUUGGGACAGUGGUGGCCUGGUUGGAGACCCAGGACCCAGAUCUGGGCCAAGGCGGCCAGGUCCGCUACUCACUGACAAACGACUAUAACGGCAGGUUCGAAGUGGACAAAACCAGCGGGGCCAUUCGACUGAUGAAGGAGCUCGACUAUGAGACCCAACAGCUCUACAACAUCACUGUUAGAGCCAAAGACAAGGGCAGGCCUGUCUCGCUCCUCUCUGUCACCUCUGUGGAGUUGGAGGUGGUGGAUGUCAAUGAGAACCUCUAUGCUCCUUACUUCUCCCACUUUGCACUGACCGGGACAGUGAAGGAGAACGCGCGGAUCGGAACCACUGUUGUCCAGGUCACCGCCCACGAUGAUGACGUUGGCAGAGAUGGGGAAGUGCAGUAUUCUAUCCGUGACGGGAGUGGCUUGGGGAGAUUUGCCAUUGAUGAAGAGACUGGGGUGAUCUACACCACCGACUCGCUGGACCGCGAGACCAAGGACUCCUAUUGGCUGACGGUGUAUGCCAGCGACCACGGCGUGGUGCCGCACUACGCCAGCAUCGAGGUCUACGUCCAGGUGGAGGACGUCAACGACAACGCCCCGCUUACCUCCGAGCCGGCGUACCGGCCCGCAGUGCCCGAGAACUCCCCGAGGGACGUCCCGGUGAUCCAGAUCCAGGCCCAGGACCCCGACAACCCCCCGCUGGCCACCGACCGCGGCGCGCUCACCUACCGCAUCGUCAGCGGCAACCCUCAGAACUUCUUCACCAUCAACCCUCGCACAGGUCUCAUCACCACCACCUCCAGGAAGCUGGACCGCGAGCAGCAGGCUGAACACGUCCUUGAGGUGACGGUGACGGACGGUCCGCCCAAUGCCAAGCAGAGCACGGUGUGGGUGAUGGUCCAGGUCAUGGACGAGAACGACAACAAGCCCGUCUUCCCGGAGAAGGUGUACCAGAUCCGGCUCCCGGAGAGGGAGCGUCGCAAGAAGAGCGAGGCCAUCUACCGGGUGUUCGCCUACGACCGCGACGAAGGGCCCAACUCAGACCUCUCCUACAGCAUCAUCGACGGCAACGAGGACGGCAAGUUCUUCAUCGACCCCAAGACGGCGAUGGUGUCGUCGCGCAAGUCCUUCACGGCCGGGAGCUACGACAUUCUCACGAUCAAAGCCACCGACAACGGGCGGCCGCAGAAGUCUGCGAGCGCGCGGCUGCACAUCGAGUGGAUCCGGCGUCCCGCGGCGCUGCCGCAGCCGCUGCAGUUCGAGGAGGCCUUCUACAACUUCACCGUCAUGGAGAAUGACAGGGUGGCCGAGAUUGUGGGCGUGGUCUCCAUGCAACACAGCUCCACCCCACUGUGGUUUGACAUCACAGGAGGGAACGCAGACAGCCUUUUUGACAUCGAGAAGGGCAUGGGAACCAUUGUCAUCGCCAAGCCCCUGGACGCCGAGCAACGCUCCUUCUACAACAUGACCGUGGAGGUGACCGACGGCACCAACAUGGCAACCACCCAGGUGCUCAUCAGCGUCCUGGACAACAACGACAACGCGCCCGUCUUCUCCCAGCCCACCUACGACAUCGCCAUCUCGGAGGACACGCCCCCGGACACGGAGGUGGUGCAGGUGCUGGCGUUGGACCGCGACGAGCACCACCGGCUGGCCUACUCACUGCACAGCGCGGUGGACCCCGGCAGCCUGCGUCUGUUCCGCAUCGACCCGGCGCUGGGCAGCGUGUACACGGCCGAGCGGCUGGACCACGAGGCCCGCGCCCAGCACAUCCUCACCGUCAUGGUUAAAGACCAGGAGUUCCCCUACAGACGAGGACUGGCGCGUGUGUUAAUCGAGGUGGAAGAUGUCAAUGACCACGUCCCCAUCUUCACCAGUACUCUGUACGAAGGCUCUGUGUAUGAGUCGGCGGCCGUGGGCUCGGCCGUGGUCCAGGUAACGGCUUUGGACAAAGACAAAGGGGCCAAUGCAGAACUUUACUACGCAAUUGAAGGAGGAAACGCUGGGAAUGCAUUCCAAAUUGAGCCCGUUUUGGGUAUCAUUUCCGUUGCCCGUGACUUGGACCUGUCUUCCAUUGGUCAUUAUGUUCUGACUGUCCGAGUCACCGACAAUGGCUCCCCAUCCCUGUCCACAACCACGCUUGCUCGUAUUAGUGUUACCCUCUCUGAUAAUGCCGGACCAAAAUUCCCUCAACCUGAGUACCAGUCUGAAAUCACAGAGAACGUUGCAGUUGGAACUUCAGUUACAACAAUAAAUGCAGUGAGCCAAUCCACGUUGACCUAUGACAUCAAACAGGGCAACAGCCAGCGGAAAUUCCAGAUAAACCAAUAUAGCGGCGUGAUCACUACGCAUAAGUCGCUGGACUAUGAGACCCAAACAUCCUACACGCUGACAGUCCAGGCCACCAACAUGGCUGGGAUGGCUUCAAAUGCCACCCUGCAUAUUCAAGUCGUGGAUGAGAAUGACAACACCCCAGUGUUCCAGCAUCUGAGUUACCGUGGUAGCAUAACCGAAGCUGCCCCAGUCAACAGUGUGGUUCUUAAUUCAGAUGAUUCCCCCUUGGUGAUAAAGGCCACUGACGCCGACCAUAAUCAAAAUGCACUGUUGGUGUAUCAGAUUGUUGAGGAUACUGCCAAAUUGUUUUUUACGGUUGACUCCGGCACUGGCUCCAUCAGGACCAUUGCCAAUCUAGACCACGAGACAUUUUCUAGUUUCCAGUUUCAUGUUCAUGUAAGGGACAGUGGACGACCACAGCUGACAGCAGACAGUCCCACCGAGGUCAUCAUAGAGGUAGUUGACACCAAUGAUUCACCUCCUCGUUUCACCCACGAUGCAUACGAGACUGUCUUGCUACUCCCUACCUAUGUGGGCGUGGAGGCUCUGAAGGUGUCAGCCAUUGACCCUGACCGAAACGUACCUACAGAGCUAACCUACUCCCUUACAGAUGGAAUUUUGGAACACUUUGCCAUUGAUUCCUCAAGUGGAAUAAUCACUGUUAAAAACAACAACUUCUCGAAAGAACGCUUCCGCCUGAAUGUGAAAGUCUCCGAUGGUAAAUUCUCUAGCACAGCUCUGGUUACCAUUUUGGUCAGGGAAGCUCUCGACUCUGGUCUGAGCUUUGGGCAAAGUAUCUACUCUUCGUCUAUCCAAGAGAAUGUAACAAACAUCACCAAAGUUGCUGUUGUCAAUGCUGUGGGAAACCGUCUUAAUGAACCUCUUCAGUACACACUGUUAAAUGCUGGCACGCGAUUUAGAAUCCGGCCAACUUCUGGCGUAAUUCAAACCACAGGAGUACCUUUUGACAGAGAAGAGCAGGAAAACUAUGAGCUAGUCGUUGAAGCAGGAAGGGAACACGAUCGCCAGCGUGUGGCUAGAGUGAUGGUCAAAGUCCAAGUUGAGGACAUCAAUGACAACAAUCCUAUAUUUGUUGGGCUGCCAUAUUAUGCGGCUGUACAAGUCGAGGCUGAGCCAGGUUCACAUAUCUUUAGAGUCAUGGCAGUAGACCGGGACAAAGGAAUCAAUGGAGAGGUUUCUUACUACCUAAAGGACAGCCACGGGCAUUUUGAAAUCAACAGGCAUACAGGAAUCCUCACCCUCAAGAAGGCCUUUGAAUCAGACCUAUCUAAUGUGGAAUACCAGAUGGUUAUUUAUGCCAGAGAUGGUGGUCACCAACCUCUUUCUACGACCAUAGAGUUCCCCAUCACUGUUGUAAACAAAGCUAUGCCAGUAUUUGACAAACCAUUCUAUUCUGUGUCUGUGAAUGAGGAUGUUGCAGUGCACACACCAAUACUUGGUAUUAAUGCCACAAGCCCCGAAGGUCAAAGCAUUAUCUACACUAUUGUGGAAGGAGAUCCGUCCCUUCAGUUUGACAUUGGAUUUGAUACAGGAGUCAUUAGUGUCAUCCACUCUCUGAACUACGAAAAAGCCUCCUCUUACCGGCUAACUGUGAGAGCCACGGACUAUCUGACUGGAGCCCGUGCUGAAGUAGACGUGGAUGUGAUUGUUCAAGACGUGAAUGACAACCAACCUUUGUUCGAAAAAAUGUCUUACAGGGCUGUCUUGUCAGAAACCGCUAUGAUUGGUACUCCAGCGCUUCAAGUUAUCGCUACAGACUCGGACUCAGAAAAGAACAGCAUAGUACGCUACCAGAUUUUCUCAGACACUCACAACAGCACAGACUACUUCCACAUUGAUAGUAGCAGCGGCUUAAUCCUAACCGCUCGUAUGCUUGACCAUGAGGUAGUCCAGAGCUAUCACUUCACCGUCAGGGCUACGGAUAACGGGUUCCCACCUUUGAGGAGCGAGGUGUCAGUUGUGGUUGUAGUGAAUGACAUGAAUGACAAUCCACCGGUCUUCAACCAGCUCCUGUACGAGGCCUACGUCAGCGAGCUCGCACCCAGGGGGCACUUUGUGACCUGUGUCCAAGCGUCUGAUGCUGACAGCUCAGAUUCAGAAAAGCUGGUGUACAGCAUCCUAUCCGGCAAUGAGAGGAUGAAUUUCUUGAUCGACUCAAAAACAGGGAUUAUAAUUCUGUCUGGUCAUCGUAAGCAACGGAUGGAGCCUGCCUACAGCUUGAACGUCUCAGUCUCUGACGGCGUUUUCACCAGCACUGCACAGGUUCAUGUUAAAGUGCUGGGGGCCAACCUGCACAGCCCACUCUUUGGAUUAAGUACAUAUGAUGCAGAGCUACGGGAAAAUGCUGCCAUUGGCACCAAAGUUAUACAGGUGAAGGCAACUGAUGCAGACCCAGGGGCUUUUGGCAAAAUCACCUAUUCUUUUGUUAACGAUGUGGGAAGGGACCAAUUUAGCAUUGAUGGAAAUGGUUUUAUCACUACCGUAGAGAAGUUGGACCGUGAGGACCCAGCCAAUAAGGACAUAAUUCUUGCAGUUGAAGCCCAGGAUUCUGGGGGCCGUGCUUCUUACUGCACAGUACAAGUUACCCUAUUGGACGAAAAUGACAAUGCACCCCAGUUCCGUGCAACUGAAUAUCGAGCUUCGGUCAAAUCUGACGUUGCCAAAGGAUUUUUAGUAACCCAGAUCCAAGCUUAUGAUCCUGACAAUGGUUUAAAUGCCAAAGUGACGUACUCCCUUUACAGUGAGGCCCAUGUACCAGUGGUGGAUAUUCUGGAGAUUGACCCUGACAAUGGUUGGAUGGUAACAAAAGGAAGCUUCAGCCAUACGAGGAACUCUGUAUUGUCGUUUUUUGUCAAGGCUGUGGACAGCGGCAACCCUGUGAGACAUUCUCUGGUAUCGGUUUACAUCCAUGUUCUCGCACCAGAUGCUUUGAUCCCCUCCUUCACCCAGCCCCAGUAUUCAUUCACCAUUCCAGAGGACACCCCCAUAGGCGCUUCCAUUGGGAUGGUGCGCCUCAGCACUCUUCUUGGACAUGCUACUCUCUCUGCUGCCUUUGCCCUGGUGAAUGGUGAGACUGGAGAGAACAACCAGGAUGCGGUAUUGGUGGUGGAGAAGGAUACAGGCAUCAUCAAGCUUGAAAAGCAUCUAGACCAUGAGGUAAUCAAAGCCUUCUACUUCAAGGUCACUGCGACGGUUCAGCAGGCAAAAUUGGAUUCUGUGACCACGGUAGAUGUUGAGGUCAAGGUGCUGGACCUCAAUGACAACAAGCCUGCCUUUGAAUCCAACUCUUACGAGGCUACGAUCAUGGAGGGAAUGCCUGUUGGAACUAGAAUAAUCCAAGUCCAUGCAUUGGAUCUAGACUCCGGAGCCAAUGGUCAGGUGACCUACAGCCUUGGGACAGCAACCCAGCCAGCAGCAGGGGAACAAGACCGAUUGGUUGGCGUCUUUAGCGUCGACAGCAACUCCGGUUGGAUAUCCACACUCAAACAGCUGGACCAUGAGACCGAUCCGUCCUACACGUUCACCGUGGUGGCCUAUGACCUCGGGGAGAACCUUGCUCUUUCAUCUACCACUUCGGUGACAGUGGUCGUGACCGAUGUCAAUGACAACCCCCCAACGUUUCUGGAGGAGAGGUAUCAAGGCUCUGUGCGAGAGAGCGACCCACCAGGGGAGGUGGUGGCAGUGCUGAACACCAGAGAUGACGACAGCUCUCCGCUUAACCGCCAAGUCAGCUACCACAUAACCGGGGGGAACCGGGGCGGGGUGUUUGCCCUGGGCCUGGUGCAGGGCGAGUGGAAGAUGUACGUCAAGGGCCUGCUGGACCGGGAGGACCGGGACCUUUACACGCUCAACGUCACCGCCAGCGACGGGCUCUUCGUUACCAGGGCAACAGUGGAAGUCGCAGUCACGGACACAAACGACAACAGUCCUGUCUGUGACCAGCCCUUGUACACGGCGUCCGUCUCGGAGGACAUCCCGGUCGACGGGGCGGUGCUGCAGGUCGGAGCCACGGACGCUGACGUGGGGGUCAGCGCCUGGAUCCAGUUCACCCUGAGCGGGCCCAACGCCCAGGACUUCACCAUGGACCCUGACACGGGCGAGGUGAGGACGGCUGUGGCUCUGGACCGGGAGAGGACCCCCGCCUACAGCCUGGUGGUCCGGGCGGAGGACGGCGGGGGCCUGUGGUGCGCUGCCCUCCUGCACCUGACGCUGACCGACGUCAACGACAACCCGCCCGCAUUCUCCCUGCCCCACUACACGGCCAGCGUGUACGAGGACACGGCGCCCCGGGCCCUGCUGACGCGCAUCCAGGCCAUCGACCCCGACGAAGCCGGGCCUGGGCGCCAGGUGCAGUACUCCCUGGCCGACUCGGCAGGAGGCUCCUUCUCCAUCGACGGGGCCACGGGCGUGCUGGCCCUGGAGCGGGCCCUGGACCGCGAGGUGCAGCCCGCCUACCUGAUCGCCGUGCGUGCCUCGGACCGGGGCGAGCCACUCCUCUCCUCGUUGGUCAACGUCACGGUGACCGUGCUGGACGUCAACGACAACCCGCCCGUGUUCGAGCGGCGCGACCAGCUGGCCACGGUGCCGGAGGACGUGGGCGUGGGCACGGAGGUGCUGCGGGUCUACGCCGCCAGCAAGGACAUCGGCACCAACGCCGAGAUCACCUACAGCAUCCGCUCGGGCAACGAGCACGCCAAGUUCCACAUCCACACCCUCACCGGGUCCAUCUCAGUCGCCCAGCCCCUGGACUACGAGGCGUGCCGGGACUACUUCCUGACGGUGGAGGCCCGCGACGGCGGCACUCCGCCGCUCAGCGCCGUCACCACCGUCAACGUCAACCUGACGGACGUCAACGACAACGCGCCCACCUUCGGCCGUGACCUCUACACCGCCGUGGUGUCGGAGGACGCCGCCAUCGGGGAGUCAGUGGUCAAGCUGACAGCAGAGGACGUGGACAGUCCCGUGAACGGGGACAUCCUCUACUCCAUCGUCAACGGUGACCGGGAGAACCAGUUCUUCAUUGAUCCGCUCAGCGGCAUGAUCAAGGUCAACAAGCAUCUGGAUCGCGAGACGGUCUCGGGCUACACCUUGGCAGUCAGGGCUCUGGACAGUGGCUCUCCCGCCCUGUCCUCCACCGUCACGGUCAACAUAGACAUCGCUGACAUCAACGACAACCCGCCAACCUUCUACCCGGCCAACCUCACCACUGUCAUACAGGAGAACAAGCCCAUCGGUACCAGCAUCCUCCAGCUGUCCGUGGUGGACCAGGACUCCUCCCACAACGGCCCUCCCUUCGACUUCCGCAUCCUGACGGGCAACGAGGGAGGGGAGUUUGUGCUGGAGAAGGACGGCACGCUGGUGGCCAAUCAGGUGUUCCGGAGGGACCUGGCCCCCCAGUAUGUUAUCCAGAUUCAGGUGAGGGACUCUGGCAAGCCGCGGCUGUCCUCCUCGUCCACGCUGACUGUGCGGGUGAUCGAGGAGAGCCUGCACCGGCCCGUGGCGCUGCCCCUUGAGGUCAUCAUCGUCACCAUGGAGGACGAGUUCCCCGGCGGCGUCAUUGGCCAGCUGCACGCCACUGAUGCCGACCCCUAUGACGCACUGGGUUACGGGCACGCAGCGCCGCUCCAGCGCAGCCUCUUCAAGAUCAGCCCGCACGACGGCAAGAUCAUCGCGCUGGGCGGCCUGGACGCCGGCAGCUACUCCCUCAACGCCAGUGUGAGCGACGGCCGCUUCGCCGUGCCGGUGCCGGUGAGCGUGCGCGUGGAGCAGGCCUCAGCCGAGAUGCUUCGCGAGGCGGUGACGGUACGCUUCGAGAGCGCCCGGCCCCACGACUUCGUGGCCACACAGCUCAAGAGCGUGCUGCGCGUGCUGCAGCAGGCGGCGGCAUCUCAGAAGCAGGACCGCCUGCACGUGCUCAGCCUGCAGCCCGUCGGCGGCACGCAACAGCUGGACCUCCUGGUCGCCGUGGAGAUGGCGCCGCCCGAAGGGGCGGCCGGGGCCGGCGGCGCCAGCUUCUACAAGGCGGCUUAUCUGACACAGAAGCUGAGCGCCUCGCGCCGGCAGCUGGAGGAGGUGCUGCGCGUGUCGGCCAUCCUGGACAAGAACUGCUCGGGGCUGGAGUGCCGCGGCGCCCAGUGCGAGCAGAGCAUCGUGCUGGACUCCCACGACCUGGCCACCUACAGCACGCCCCGCCUCAGCUUUGUGUCACCGCGUUUCCACAGAACCACGCGCUGCACCUGCAUCGAUGGGAGCUGUCCUCCGGCCUCGGAGCUGUGCGACGAGCAGCCCUGCCCUGGAGACAUGCAGUGCGUGGGCACGGGCGGCUCCAGGGGGCGCUACGCCUGCCAGUGUCCGCCGGGCAAGCUGGGGGAGUGCGCAGGCCACUCGUCCCUGAGCUUCUCGGGGAACAGCUAUAUAAAGUACCGGGUCUCUGACGGGGGACAGACAGGCCAGCUGAAGCUCAGCAUGAGGAUCAGGACCCUGCAGAGCAGAGGCAUCAUCAUGUACACACACGCAGAGCCCUGCACCGUGCUCAAGCUGGAGGAGGGCAAGCUGUGGUUCCACAUGGACUGCGCCGGCAUCGGGGGUCGGGGCGCGGCGGCCGGGGCCACAGGCGACAGCCCCGGCACCCUGGGCAUCUCGGGACGUCCCAUCAAUGACGGCAACUGGCACACGGUGGUGCUGGAGCUCAACCGCAACUUCACCAGCCUGGCGCUGGACGACAGCUACGUGGAGCGCCGCCGCGGGCCCCCCCGUUUCCAGCCCCUGGGGCCUGACGGGGCCGUCUUCUUUGGGGCACAGGUGCAGCCUACCAACUCACGCAGCCUGACGGACUCAAAGAAGGGUCCGCUGGUGUUGGACGGCUUCCAGGGCUGCCUGGACUCGGUGAUGCUGAACGACAAUGAGCUGCCGCUGCAGAACAAGCGCUCACGCUACGCCGAGGUGGUUGGCCUCACGGAGCUGAAGCUGGGCUGUGUCCUCUACCCCGACGCCUGCCUCAAACAGCCCUGCCUCAACGGCGCCACCUGCACGAGUCUGCCAUCUGGUGGUUUUGCCUGCAGUUGCAGUCCACAGUACACCGGGGGGCGCUGUGAGACAGAGAUCACGGCCUGCGUGCCCAACCCCUGUCAGAACAGCGGCGCCUGUAAGGCCAUCGGCAACGCAUUCCUAUGCAGCUGCCGCCGGGGCUUCAAGGGUCUCACGUGCCAGGAGGACGUUAACGAGUGCGAGCGGGGCAACCCAGAGGGCCAGUGCGAGAACGGCGGCGCCUGCGUCAACACGCGCGGCUCCUUCUACUGCGACUGCGCGCCGGGCUUCGUGGGCCCCCGCUGCGGCCUGCGGCCCGUGGUGGUGCCCAACAUGCAGGCGGGCCACGCCAUGGUGGGCAAGGAGGAGCUGAUCGGCAUUGCCGCCGUGCUGCUGGUCAUCGUGGCGCUGGUGGUGCUCUUCGUGGCCUUCCGCAAGCGCGUCUUCCACAAGGACUACUCGCGCAGCGACCUGUCGCUGGUGCAGGACCCGGCCACCGCCGCGCUGCUGCACAAGGCCAACGGCGCCCGCUUCGAGACGCUGCGCUGCUCGCCCGGCGACCCGCUCAACCUGUACUCGGAGGCCGGGCUGGGGCCGGCGGCCGUGAUGGCCAUGGGGGGCGUGGGCCCCCCCCAGGUGCCGGUGCGGCCCAUGGCGUACACGCCCUGCUACCAGGGGGAGCCGGGGCGCUCCACGCUGGACAGGAAGAUGAUGAUGGCGGCGGCGGCGGACGCGCGGGCGCACGAGCACACGGAGAUGAGCACCUUCCACCCCGAGUCGCCGCGCAUCCUGGCGGGCAGCAUGCGGCGGGGCGUGGUGGUGUGCAGCGUGGCGCCCAACCUGCCGCCCGUGUCGCCCUGCCGGUCCGACUGCGACUCGCUGCGCAAGAGCCCCUGGGAGAGCGAUGAGGGUAAGAUGGUGGACAUGGCCGAGGAGGUCACGUGUUUCUCAGGCAGCAACAAGGGCAGCAACUCAGAGGUGCAGUCCCUGAGCUCCUUCCAGUCAGACUCCUGCGAUGACAACGCCUCCAUAGUGACGGUCAUUCGACUGGUCAAUGACGCAGUCGACACAAUCGAAAAUGAAGUGUCGGUCAUGGAUCAAGGUCAAAGCUACAACAGAGCUUACCACUGGGACACCUCGGACUGGAUGCCCAGCACCAGGCUGCCCAACAUCGAGGAGGUCCCGGGCUAUGAGGCCGGGGGUCCGGCCGGCCUGGGGGCCAACGGCCGCUCCGCCUCCAACCCCCGCCUGGGCCCUGGCGGUGGCGGUGGCGGUGGCGGCAUGGGCAGCACCCGGGAGCUGGAGUCUGACUACUACCUGGGGGGCUACGACAUCGACAGCGACUACCCACCGCCCGGCGAGGACCAGUUCCUCUGCCAGGACCAGCUGCCCCCCCCGCUGCCCCGCACGGCCGCGCCCGGAGAUGACUACCCCGGGAGCUACGACGGGACGUCGCCGAGCGACGGCACGCUGCCCGCCUCCAAGGACAGCACGCUGAGCAGCGUCAGCCACAGCAACAGUCACAGCGCCGAGGCCCGGCCGCACUUCCACCCCAGCCAGUACCUGCCGCCGCACCAGCUGCCCCUGGGCGAGGCGGCCCACCACCGCCUCAGCAGCCCCUUCCCCAUGGGCGGCGUCACGCCCGGGAGCGGGGACACCGACGACACGGCGUCGCUGGGCGGCGCCGGGCGGCUGUCGGUGGGCGCGGCGUCCACGGCCUCAGACCUGUCGGCGCCGCUGGGCUUCGACGAGUCCGAGGCGGGCAACAGCGACUUUGACAGUAUGGACGAGCUGCGGCGCGGCGUGACCGUCAUCAUCGACUCGCAGCAGCAGACGGAGGUGUGACGGGCGCCCGGUACGGAGGGAUGCCGGUCCGGCCAGACGAGGGCUGGACACCGGGGCUUGAGAGGUGGACGAGGGUUGGCGGAGUGAGAGAACGAGUACAACAAGGUCAAAAGGGUCAUUCUAAAGGGGCUCAUGUUAGCAAUAGAGUUCCACACACAGAGAGGGAGGUCUGGAAGUGUCGAGGCGUUCGCUUUGUUUUUAAAUUCAACCGUUCAAAAUAAAUGCAUUUUGGGGCCAGAAUUUUGUACGAAGACUGAUCUCCAGAGCUCUGUUUUGUUGUUGUUGUUGUUGUUUGGUUCAUCUCUUUUAGAGCACUAUCCUUAUAUUCCAGUGAGACCCGAAAAGGAGGUUAAUUGAAUUAACACCUUGAGCACUAAGAAGUGUCCUUCCUAUUUUCAAAGUGGGGAAGCAGAGUUCUUUCUAGAUACGCCACGCAAGUCUAUGCUAAAUCAGUCAGAGAAUGUGAAAAGAAGGACUAACCAACCGAAAAAUACGAUUGGUUAAAAAGUGAGGUGUUACGGCGGAGAAUGUAAUCAGUGAAGGGAAGAAAGUGAAGAAUGUUAGAAAAAAGGGAACAACCGUGUGUGAUUGUGGAAGUGAGCACAGCGACAGCCUACUUCAGGCAAAUGAAAUUAUAAAAAAGCAAUUAAUUCGAGGCCGAUACUGGAGUUAAGAAUACCCAACAAAAUCCGCGGGUCCUCGUCUACACCGCCACAAUAGGACCGCUGCUUAAACGAAACAACAAACUAUUUCCCAUUUCCUUGAUUUCUCUCUUGAGAAUCGUGUAUAGACUUUGUAAUAUAGUGCGACCACAUUUAGUGCUGAGGUUGAAAAAAAUAUUUAAAAUUUUAAGAACUACGUUGGAUCGACGCAUUGGGAAUGCCGUUUGAUGUGGAAUGUGCUUUUCCCACCCAGCCAGGCCAAAAGGCCACGAGGUUGGAAAGCCCCGGCCCCGUCCGUUUCCCUCUCCAUUGACCUGCCAACUCUCUUCUCGUCUUUUCUUUUUUUUCUUGCCAACCCUUACGUUUUGCUUUAACUAUGUGAAGUUGCGUCGUUGUCAUUUUUUUUUUCUUGCACUAGUCUUUUGAAGAUGCCCUGAAUUUUGUACGUGUCUUUUAAUGAAACGUGCCAUGUUAUUGUAGUCCUGCAGGACCCUGUGAAGUCAUGUCUUCUUGCUUUUGAAUGGCACUUUAAUGAACACAAUGCCUUCAAGUGUCAAACUCUUUUCUCCAGAAUAAUCUGCCGAAUAUUAAUCAUUUUGUCAUGUUCCAACAGUUUAUAAGCCUGUGUUUUAGUGUCUGGGCGGGCAUCAUGGUCCUGCUGGCUGAGAGGCCUGGGACAGCAUCACAUUCCAGAGUCUCACCGUUCAGUUGCAUCUUCACACGUGUGAUGGAUCAGUCGUUUUGUUCAUAAUCAGGAAAACAAAAGGAUGAUGAUUUAUAUUUGAGUUUAAUUUUUUUGUGUCCCGUUUGUAAAACAUGUACGUUUGAUGUAAGUUUGAAUAUUUGUGUACAGUGUACAUAGCUAGGUUGUUCCAAAUGCCAAUCCAUGUGUUGUAUUUUUUGGGGGUUUGUUUGUUAUUGUUGUAGAUACAAGAGAAUACCGACCCGGAGAAUUCCUUUUCGGAUUUCUUUCUUUUUAUUCAUUAUAUAUAGCCUUUCAUUGUGACGGUUGGGACUGUUGACGAACAACAAGAGGACAUAACGCAUCAAUCUUCUGUCCUGUCGCUCAUGUCCUUCCCCUCUGGAACAAAGUCUGUCUUUCAACAUCUGCUUGAUUCUAUCCAUCAACACUUGCUCUUUGCGAUUUCCCGUUACUUUAUACAGUUUCAAUGGGACACACAGGUUUUGCACAAAAUUGCAAAUGCACAAAACCUGCAUUCAACUCCCAGCAAUUGUUUUCUGUUUCUUUCUUUUGUUUUGUUUUCAUGUCUUGUUUCGUUAGAAUAUUUUUGAAGAAAUAAGGGGUAUUCAUUUUGUAUCGCUCUGUUUAUUUGAAAUGUGUUUACUUUAGAGUAUAUGUAAAUCUGGGUCCAUUUUAUUUUAAGAGACGUUGGGCAGUGUUAAGAAUUUGCCUCUUCUAACUGCAGCAAUUGAGUGUGCAACAAGAGUGCUUUUUUAACCGAUUUUUUUUUAUCCAGUGCAGAAAAAUAAAAUGUUAUUGAUCAACCUGCAGUGUUUUCAAAUAUUUCAUUGCAGCCAGAAACUAAAACAUUUAAGAUGUAUGGCUUUAAAACUCUUUCAGUCAUGGACUACUAAAGAUGUCCCGUGGCUUUUGUGGCUUAGUGCUGGGAAAUGCAAACGGCCUAGAAACUCCACCACAAUGAACGCUAUUAUGCAUAUGUGUUUGGAUUAAUAGAAGAUAAAAAAAAAAAAUCUGUAAUGUUCCAAUA